GAGGUCGUAUAUUUCGUCCAUCUUCUCUUCUCCUUCGAUGGGAUUAAUGUCCUAGUAACAGCAGUUGGGUUCUUGUUCGACAGAGCCUCGAGGACAGACCACUUGGACCUUGCCAUUCCCCCUUCGCCUUCUCGACACAUUCGUUCAACAACCUAUCCCGUUUUUCUCCCCACGCUUUUUUUGUUCCACCGUGGUUUCCCAAGACGCGCUCUGAGAUCUCAAUCGACCACGCCUGAACACGACAAUGGCCGCCGCUGAGAAGGCCGCCGUCGCCUCUGGCGCUGAUGCCGGCAAUGCCCUGCGACGGCGCAAUGUGCCUGGGCAGACUGGCGCCGCCCAGGGUCAGCUCGAGGUCGACGACAAGAAGAAGCAGGCAAAAAAGUCAUCCUUCCUCCAGACACUUGAGGAGUGGGAGUUCGUCAUAGCCCCUCUCGUCUUUACGGCCCUUGCGCUCUUCACCCGACUGUACAAGAUCGGAAUCUCUGAUAUCGUGACAUGGGAUGAGGCCCAUUUCGGAAAGUUCGGAUCCCAUUACUUGAAGCAUGAAUACUACUUCGAUGUCCAUCCGCCUCUGGGAAAACUCUUGGUCGGUCUUUCUGGAUACUUGGCUGGAUACAACGGCUCCUUCGAAUUCAAGUCCGGAGAACACUACCCUGCAGAUGUCAACUAUACCUUCAUGCGCCAGUUCAAUGCCCUUUUCGGUGCAGUCUGCGUGCCCAUGGCAUAUUGGACUGCCAAGGAACUCAACCUGAGGCGUCCCGCGGUCUGGUUCGUCACGCUGAUGGUGCUCUGCGAGAACUCGUAUACCACCAUCAGCCGGUUCAUCCUCCUCGACUCCAUGCUCCUCUGCGGUACCGUCGCGACAACUCUCUGCUGGGCCAAAUUCCACCGGCUACAGGACAGGAGCUUUGAGCCCGAAUGGUUCUUCUGGCUGUUCAUGACUGGGCUUAGCAUCGGCUGUGUUACUAGUGUUAAACUGGUCGGGCUCUUCGUCACUGCGCUGGUUGGUCUUUACACCGUCGAGGAUUUGUGGAACAAGUUUGGCAACCUGAAGAUGCCUGUUGUUGAGCUUGGAGCUCAUGUGGUUGCCAGGGUGGUCGGCCUGAUCAUUCUUCCCUUCCUUAUCUACAUGCUCAGCUUCGCGAUCCAUUUCGCUGUUCUGACUGAUACCGGCCCUGGUGAUGCGCAGAUGAGCUCUCUUUUCCAGGCGAACCUGCGUGGGACCGAAGUCGGCCAGAACAGCCCUCUGGAGGUCGCUUACGGUUCUCGGGCGACGAUCAAGAACAUGGGAUACGGAGGUGGUCUGUUGCAUUCGCACGUCCAGACGUACCCCGAGGGAUCCAACCAGCAACAGGUCACCUGCUACCACCACAAAGAUGCCAACAAUGACUGGUUCUUCUACCCCAACCGCCGCGAAGCUGAUUACAGCGAGAGCGAUGAGCCGCGCUUCUUCGGCGAUGGCGAUACCAUUCGUUUCAUUCAUGCUCAGACUGGUCGCAACCUGCACUCGCACGACAUUUCUGCACCUGUCACCAAGGCUGAUAAGGAGGUUUCCUGCUACGGCAAUCUGACCGUGGGUGAUGACAAGGACCACUGGAAGGUUGAAGUUGUUCGCGAUGUUGCCUCCAACGAUCGAAGCAGAAUCCGCACCCUGACCACCGCUUUCCGCCUGAGACACGAGGUCCUCGGUUGCUACCUCCGAGCUGGCAAUGUCAACCUGCCACAAUGGGGUUUCCGGCAGAUCGAGGUCACCUGCACAAAGGACAACAACCCUCGCGACACCUACACGCACUGGAACGUCGAGGCCCACUGGAACGACAGAUUGCCUCCUGCCAAGCCUGGCCAGUACAAGUCGCCGUUCAUCCACGACUUCAUCCACCUCAAUGUUGCCAUGAUGACGUCCAACAACGCCCUGGUGCCAGACCCCGACAAGCAGGACGACCUGGCUUCUCAAUGGUGGCAGUGGCCGAUCCUCAACGUCGGACUGCGCAUGUGCGGCUGGGAUGACAACAUCAUCAAAUACUUCCUCCUUGGUAACCCCUUCAUCUAUUGGGGGUCGACGAUCUCCCUCGGGGUCCUCGGCCUGACGGUCGCCUGGUACGUUGUACGGUGGCAGCGUGGAUUCAAGGAGCUCAACCAGUCUGAGAUCGACCAUAUUCAUUAUGCUGGUCUCUACCCGGUUAUCGGAUGGUUCUUGCACUAUCUGCCAUUCGUCGUCAUGGCGCGUGUUACCUACGUCCACCACUAUUACCCAGCCCUAUACUUUGCCAUCCUGACGACAGGUUUCCUGGCGGAUUGGUGUCUCCGCAACAGGGCCCAAAUCAUCCAGCACGUCGUGUACGGCGCACUGUACAGCAUCACGAUCGGACUGUACAUCUAUUUCAUGCCCAUCUGCUGGGGCAUGAGCGGCCCAAACCUACAGUACAACUACAUGAAGUGGUUCGACUCGUGGAGGGUUACUGACUAGGGUGUGUAUGGGAUGUGUGUGUGUAUGCAGGGGAAAAAGGAAAGGGAAGGAAAGGCGCACUCUUUUUGCUACUUCUCUGACUGCGUAGGUUUUGCGAUGGUCACUACUAUAAUCGGGAAAUUUCAUUCGCGGGGCCCAUUUCAUCUCGACUCCAUUGGGCUCGGGCACGGCUGAACGGCUGGCAUUGCUGCAUAAAGUAUGGAUGGUCAGGACAGGGACGGAGUUUCCGGCUGUGUGUAAGGAUGGACUCUUUGAAAAUUGUUUGAGCAUGGAGAGAGAAAACAAGCUCCUAGGAUCGCUCAGUCUAGAGUAAUGCCAUAUCUCCGUUGUGCUCUAUG